AUGGGCCUCUUCGGCAAGAGCCACGAGAGGCCGCCCAAGGAGCUGGUGAACGAGUGGUCGCUGAAGAUCCGGAAGGAGAUGCGCGUGGUCGACCGGCAGAUCCGAGAUAUUCAGCGAGAAGAGGAAAAGGUAAAAAGAUCAAUCAAAGAUGCUGCCAAAAAGGGUCAGAAAGAUGUCUGUGUGGUCCUGGCGAAGGAGAUGAUCCGUUCCCGGAAGGCUGUGAGCAAACUGUAUGCCUCCAAAGCACAUAUGAACUCUGUCUCGAUGGGGAUGAAAAACCAGCUAGCCGUCCUAAGAGUGGCUGGAUCCUUACAGAAGAGCACAGAAGUCAUGAAGGCCAUGCAGAACUUAGUAAAAAUCCCUGAAAUUCAGACUACAAUGAGGGAGUUGUCCAAAGAAAUGAUGAAGGCAGGUAUUAUAGAAGAGAUGCUGGAAGAUACUUUUGAAAGCAUGGAGGACCAAGAGGAGAUGGAAGAGGAGGCAGAGAUGGAAGUUGAUAAAAUUUUGUUUGAAAUUACAGCUGGAGCCUUAGGUAAAGCACCUGGUAAAGUUACUGAUGCCCUUCCAGAACAUGAGCCUGAAGGGGCUACAGCAGCCAUUGAUGAAGAUGAAGAAGAAGAUAUCGAAGCCAUGCAGUCACGGUUAGCUACUCUCCGUAGCUAAGAGUAGAACUCCUGUACAGUUUGAUUCAUUUUGCCAUGGGCUGUUCAGUCAUGCCUUUACAAUGUAAAAAUUCACAUAAAAGAAUUUCCUGUAUAUAUCUUUA